GUGUCACAAAAUCUAGGGUGUCGCCGUGGGGGCUCUAUUCGAAGGCGACGGCGGUCGUCUGUGUUUCAGCGUCAAAUAAAAUUUAAUAGGAAAAAACGCAGUUAGAAGGUCGUUAAUAACACAGGCUAUUAAUUUCGAGAAAAUAUAAUUCUUCCGGAUUCCGCGCCCAGAAGUGGUUGGCAUGAGGGGGUAUGCCAAGAAUUUGAAUUAGCUUGCUAGUAGUUUGAAGAAAGAGUAAGUCGGGUUGAGAGGGGAGCCAUUUUGUCCCGACUGUGUGGGAGAAAGAAAAGAGUGGAAAAAGGGAAAUAAAUACAGUUGGAUCAUUACAGCCAGCAACCCUCUUAUUGUCAGAAGAACAGUUUAAAUUUUGGAAGACACAUUAGCUACGGUACUAACGUUAGUCUAGUUAGCUAUCGUGGCUAUUCAUCGUCAACAAAAAAUCUCCAUACCUAACGUUAGUUGAAUUAGCUAGCUGUUUUUAAAUAAACGAUUCCUUUUAUUGGAUAGCUGGCAAGCUAGUAUUUAGGUAGAUCGCUUUUAUUCGGUUUCUGCUGAAUUCUCCACUGGCUUGAGAACGCGAUUCACAGUUAACUAAAUGGCGAAAAAGACGUACGAUCUGCUGUUCAAGCUUCUCCUGAUUGGGGACUCCGGUGUGGGGAAGACAUGCGUGCUGUUCCGCUUCUCCGACGACGCAUUCAACACCACCUUCAUUUCCACUAUAGGAAUUGAUUUCAAGAUCAAGACUGUCGAAUUGCAAGGAAAGAAGAUAAAACUACAAAUAUGGGACACUGCAGGCCAGGAGCGCUUUCACACAAUCACAACCUCCUACUACAGAGGCGCCAUGGGAAUCAUGCUAGUGUAUGACAUCACAAACGCCAAAAGCUUCGAAAACAUCAGCAAGUGGCUGCGAAACAUAGAUGAGCAUGCAAAUGAGGAUGUGGAGAGAAUGCUGCUAGGCAACAAGUGUGACAUGGAGGACAAGCGGGUGGUACCAAAGGCAAAGGGGGAACAGAUCGCAAGAGAACAUGGCAUUAGGUUUUUCGAGACGAGUGCGAAAGCGAAUAUCAACAUCGAGAAGGCGUUUCUCACGUUAGCAGAAGACAUACUUAGAAAGACGCCUGUGAAAGAACCCAACAGUGAAAACGUAGAUAUCAGCAGCGGGAGUGGAGUCACAGGAUGGAAGAGCAAGUGCUGCAGCUGAACAACUUCUCCCCCCUCCCUCCUUCCCUCCCUUCCCUCCCCUUUCCUCUUCUUCAUCUCUUUCUGGAAAUAAACCACUUCACCUGUCUAAAACUAACACCCCCUCC